AUGGUUGCUGAAACUAGUGCCUCCAGUUUAAUAAUAGAAGAAAAUAAAGAAACUCCAAUUUCUAAUUGUAAUAAUAAUCUUAAGAAUUCCUAUCAUACUACUUCUUUACCAUUUGAAAGAAAUCCAUCCGAAAAAAUUGAAACACCUGAACAAAGUACGACAUUAUUAGAAAAGGAGCUUUCUCAGCUUUUAGUCAAAUUGAAUAUUGACAAUCAAGUAUUUUAUAAAGAUAGUAUUGAUAAAUUUAUAAGUGAUUGUUGCGCAAAAUUGCAUGAAAUAUGGAAAUCAAGAUGUCAAAGUUCUGAAAUUGCUUUCAAAGGAUUAGUAUGUAUACUUGAAUAUUGUUUAGUAUUCCCACUUAUUCGUUAUGAUGCAUUUGAAGAACUAAUUAAUACAAUUGGUUUUAGUUCAAUACUUUUUUGGAAAAAUACUGUUCCACUAGUUUAUGAAUCUGAUUUAUCUACUGGUACACAAUAUAGAGAUUCAUUAUUAUUUUCACUAGAAUUGUAUGAUGUUAAUAAUGGAAAAAAUAAGGUCAGAGAAUUGUAUGCUGCUGUACCAGGAAUGCAACAAAGUCUUCUUGGUAUGCAUGCUAAAAGAUUUAGUGAACGUUUUAAAUUUAUUCAACAUUUAAGAAGUAGAAGAUGUUCCAAAACUGUUAGUUCUGCUAAUUCUUUAUCAAAUGAAGAUAUUUGUAUAACAGAUAAUGAUAGUUCUAGUGAUGGUCCUGAUUUAGAUCAAGUUCCAUUAGAAGGUGGUGGAUUAGCUGAUAUUGCUCAAGAAAAGGGUCGUGUUAUAAAUGUUUCUAAUGCACCACCAGUUAGUGUUUCAAGAAGACAAAGUGGUUCAUGGGAAAUUAAACAAGGUAGUGGUGGUUUAGUUGCUUGUGUUGAUCCUGUUAUGUCAUCUGAUAAAGAAAAUAUAUGGUUAGCUAAUUUAGGUAUUAAUGUUAAUUCACAAAAUGAUAAUGAAUCUGUAGAUGGAAAUCAAAGUUCAAUUUUACCAUCAACAAAUUCAUUAGGAUUACCAUUAAUAAAACAAGCAAAAGCAGGUGAUGUUUUUCAUGUAUUGGCUGAUGAUAAGAAAAAAGAAGAUGAUGUAGAAGAUCCGGUUGAACGUGAUAUGAGUUUAUUAAAUGUUUUACAUGAUUAUAAUAAAAGUAGUUAUAAAUUGAAUCCUGUCAUUGUUACACAAGAUGAUUAUGAAGCAUAUUAUGGUGGAAUAUCAAAUGGUCUUUUAUGGCCAGCUCUUCAUAAUUUACCUGAAUAUAUUGUAGCAGAUUAUGAUAAUAUUACUAUAUUAAAAAGUCAUUGGUGUGCAUAUGUAAGAGUUAAUUAUCAAUUUGCUUUAAAUGCUGCUAGAAAUAGUAGACAACAAGAUUUUAUAUGGAUUCAUGAUUAUCAUCUUAUGUUAACAGGACAAAUGAUGAAAAGUCUUGAUUCAUCAUUAGAAGUUGGAUUUUUCCUUCAUAUACCAUUUCAACCACCAGAUAAUUUUAUGACAAAAUAUCGUGUUGUUGCUGAACCUAUUGUUCGUGGAAUUUUACGUUUUAAUAAAGUAGGAUUUCAAACACAUCGUGAUCGUCAAAAAUAUGUUGAUAUUGUACAAAAAUAUAUUACACGUGUUAAAAUUUCAUAUGAUGGUGUUGUUGAUAUUUUUAUGGUAACAUAUGAAGGUUCAACAUGUUCACUUGGAGUAUUUCCAGUAUCAAUUAAAAACCAAGAUUUUAUUGAUAUCGCAAAAAAUAUCACAAAUAUAGAAAGAUCACAUAAUAUUAAAAAAGAAUUUGCAUCUAAAUGUGCACCUGAUGGUAAAUUAUUUUUUUCUGUUGAACGUUUUGAUUAUACAAAAGGAAUUCGCCAAAAAUUAUUAGCAUGGAAAAGGUAUUUUGAAAAAUAUCCAGAUCGUAUUGGUAAAGAUACAUUAUUUCAAGUUGCUGUAACUAAUAGGAGAACAGUUGAAUCAUAUAGAAAUUAUCAAGAUACAUGUAUGAGAAUUGCUCAAGAAAUUAAUGAUACAAUAAAAUCAGAUAAAUAUAAAGAAUGGCAACCAGUUAUUUUUCAAACUAACGGUUUAAAUAGAAAAGAUCUUAUUGCUCAUUAUCUUGCUAUGGAUGUUGGUGUUGUUACACCUAUUAAAGAUGGUAUGAAUUUAGUUGCUAAAGAGAUGAUGAUAUGUAAUUCAAAAGCAACAUUAGUAUUAUCGUCUGGUGCUGGUACGGAAGUUCAAUUAACAAAUGCAGGAUUAUAUAAUGAUAAUGAAAAAUGUUAUUUCCGUGUUGAAGAUAUUAAUAAUACAGAUGAAUUUGCUAAUAUUUUUUAUCAAGCUGCAUCACAAAGUGCAGAAGAAGUAUUAUGUAAAGGUUUAAAGAUUAAAACAUUUUUAAUGCAACAUGAUAUUGUGGAAUGGAGUACAUCAUUUUUAGAUCCAUCAUGGACACAUGAAGUAAUAAGAGUAUCUGAAUUAAAAACAUUAUCUGAUUUUUAUGUUCUUAUGGAAAAAACAUGUAAGCUUAGAAGACAAAUAGUUGAAAAUAUUCUUAAAGGUAUUGCAUUAAAAAGUCAUUUUGAUAUUUCAUUAAAAAAUGCCAAAGAAACACUUGAAAAAUCAAGUGUUGAUGAACAUUUUUUACUUUUAAAAACAGAAUCAAUUUCUUUGGAUGGUUCAUGUGUUAUUGCUAAAUUAGAUAUUAAUGAUCAACUUCAAGAACUUAAUAAAGAUAUUGAAUUUUUACGUUUUAUUCAAUCAGAUAAUGUUAAUAAUGUUGAAGAAUUUGUUGCAACAUUAUCAAAAUAUCAUCCAAUUUCUGAUGAAGCAUUUGAAGAAGAAGUAUCAAAUGCUGUUGAUAUUCUUACAGAAGGUGAUCAUUUUGAUCAUUUCUUUACUGAUAGAGAUGGUACAUUAAAAUCAUAUUGUUGUAGUUAUGCUUCAAGUAUUCAACCAGCAUAUUCUGCUGUUAUACAAGCACAAUUUGCUCGUAGAUGUGCACAAUUUUGUGCAAUUGUAACAACAGCACCUUUGCUAAAUAUUGGUAUAUUAAAUGUAAGUACAAUGCCAGAAGGAUAUUAUGUUUAUGGUGCUUCUGGUGGAAGAGAAUGGUAUAUGAAUCCAUCUGUUCAAUUUAAAGAUAGUAAAAUUGGGCAUGAUGAAUUGGAACUUUUAGAUAGUGUUUUUGAUAAAUUAGAAAAAAUAAUUGAAUUACCUGAAUAUGAACAUUUAAAAUGGAUUGGUUCUGGUUUACAGAAACAUUAUGGACAUAUUACAAUUGCUUGUCAGGAUAAAAAUGAAAGUAUUUCUGAUUCAAGUUCACAAAAAUUACUAGAAAUUGUUAAAAAUAUUGUUAAUGAAAUUGAUCCUAUUGAGGAAACAUUAGUUGCUACAAUGGAUAAUAUAAGAGAAAUAAAAAUAUGUAUAAAAUCAGAUAAUUGUGAUCUAAUAUUUAAUAAAGGAAAUGGUAUAAUGUUAAUAAAAGAAAAAAUGGGAUUAAAAAUACAUAAAGGCAAUAUUCUUAUAUGUGGUGAUGCUAUAACUGAUUUACCAAUGUUAGAAGAAGUUCUUAAAAUAUCACCUAAAAAUGUUUAUACAAUUUGGGUAACAGUAGAUGAAUCAUUAAAAACUAAAGUCGCUGAAAUGUGUAAAAUGUAUGGAAAUGAAUUUUAUACAUUUGUUUCUUGUCCAACAGUUUUAUUAGCGGCUAUGGCACAUGCUACAGUUCGUGAUAUACGUAUAAGACCACAUAUUCUUGAACUUGAUGAUUAUACUUAA